AUGGAGAAGCGGGGCAAGAGAGUGGACUGUCCGGCGUUGCCCCCCGGCUGGAAGAAAGAGGAGGUCAUCCGCAAAUCGGGGCUGAGCGCCGGCAAAAGCGAUGUCUACUACUUCAGUCCAAGCGGGAAGAAGUUCCGAAGCAAACCCCAGUUGUCCAGAUACUUGGGGAACACGGUUGACCUCAGUAGUUUCGACUUCAGGACAGGGAAGAUGAUGCCAAGUAAAUUGCAGAAGAACAAACAGAAAUUAAGGAACGAUUCGCUCAGUCAAAACAAGAGAGGAAGGAGAUGUUAUGUCCCAUAACCAGAUUUAAAUACGACGUUGCCAAUCAGACAAACAGCUUCUAUUUUUAAGCAGCCUGUAACCAAAGUUACCAAUCAUCCUAACAAUAAAGUGAAGUCUGAUCCACAACGAGUGAUUGAACAGCCUAGACAGCUUUUCUGGGAGAAGAGGCUUCAAGGCUUAAGUGCCUCAGAUGUCAGUGAGCAAAUCAUAAAAUCCAUGGAGCUUCCCAAAGGCCUUCAAGGAGUGGGCCCAGGGAACAACGAUGACACCCUCUUGUCGGCUGUGGCCAGCGCAUUGCACACAAGUUCUGCUCCCAUCACAGGACAACUGUCUGCUGCCGUGGAAAAAAACCCCGCUGUGUGGUUAAACACAUCCCAGCCUCUCUGCAAAGCCUUCAUCGUUACGGAUGAAGAUAUUAGGAAGCAAGAGGAACGAGUGCAACAGGUACGGAAAAAACUGGAGGAGGCAUUGAUGGCAGACAUCUUGUCCCGGACUACGGACCCAGCAGAUGUGGAUGAAGUUGAAAUGGACAAUGGAGAAGAGGCAUAAGAAUUAAAUAAUCAGGUACUUUAAAAAGAGAAAGAGACUCCCAGAUAAAAAUUUCUGGAAAUUGGAAGCGCUUUUAUGUUUUCCGUUGGUCUUUUGUGAUAGAAGAAGAGGACCUCUGCACAUUUAUAUAGCUUUCUAAUAGCAUUAAAAACCAAUGCCCUUUUUUGGCUCUUAUUAUUAUUAUUAUUAUUUUAUUAUCCUAUUUUUGAUGUACAUAUCUUGUUAAGAAAAGAAAGAAAAAAGAAAAAAAGGAAAAAAACCUACUCUUUAUUUUGUGUCUUACGACUUCAAAAGUCUCAUUUUUAUUUUUAUUUUAUUUGUUUGGCGAUGUCAAACAAUUCCUGAAGACUGAAGCUGAGCUUUCAGUACCAAGUUGCAAUCCUGUAGCAACUACCUGGUAAGCACUAAAUAAUUAGCAUUUCUUCUUUUUUUUAAUGUGUGUGUUUUUUUUUUGGAAAAAUAGAUCAGGAAAACAGAUUGUUUCCCAGUUUUAAAAAAACAAACAAAGAAAAAUUGUGUCAUGAUUUCUUGUACAUAUAUUAUAUAAAAGAUUUUUUUAUACUGGAACUGAAUGGAAAAAAAUCUGUAAAUUGACCCAUCAUCAUUCUCUAAAGAGAAAUAAAUACUUUUAUUCAGAGAAUUACAAUUUUUAGAAUAAUGUACUAUAAUUUAAGGCAAGGCCUUAUCUCAAUUACUGAGCAUUAGGCAGAGAUAAUAUUGUUCAGUGAAAGUAGUGAACACAGAAUGUCGAAGCUGCUACAAGCCUUUGUUAAGUUUAUUGGGAAAUUUAUUUGCACUCUGACACAAUUACGGAAGCACUUCAAUGAGAGUGCAGUUUUCCUACAUCUGAUUUGGAGCCUCCGUCCUCCUUUUUGUAAAAUGGGGAAAUCAUGACCUACCUCACAGGGCUGUUGUGAGGAUGAGCUUAAUACAAAAAAUGGAAAGUACUUUUUCAAUGAAAUGGUUUUCCCAAAUAAAUAAGACAUGGAUGCACAAAAAA